CCAAACCAAGGCAGCGGCCCAGCAGGCCGGCAGCCCCCGCGCCCGCCGCCGUCCGCAGCUCGGCGGGGUCCGUUCGCAGCGCCCGGAGCCGCCGCGGCCAUGAAGCUCCGCGUGCGGCUGCACAAGCGGACGGCGCCGCUGGAGCUGCCGGGGGCGGAGCCAACGCUGGGGGAGCUGCGCGCGCAGCUGCGCCGGGCCCUGCUGCCCGCCUGGGGGUACAGUUCUGAUACAGAGUUUUCUGUAACAUUGAACAGCAAAGAUGCUCUUACAGAAGAUGAGAAGACUUUAGAUUCAUAUGGGAUUGUUCCUGGUGAUUUGAUAUGUUUAUUGCUAGAAGAAAAAGAUGCCAAACCCAGCCUAUCUCCUCUCUCAUCUUCUAAUCCUCCCACGCUUCAGAAUGGUCAUGAGACAUCCACCAUGAUCCCCAACAGCAGUCAGGUCUACAGUCCAAAAGAAGAAAGGCAGGAUGAACAAUCUGCCAACCAGAAAGCUCAAGAGGAAGUUCAAAGUAAUGAUGACAGGGCAGGAUCCAGCAUAGAGUUUCCUUCUGGAUUAGUCCCAGAGGAUGUUGAUCUGGAGGAAGGUACAGGCUCCUAUCCCUCCGAACCCAUGCUGUGCAGUGAAGCUGCUGACGGUGAGAUACCACAUUCCUUAGAGAUGCUCUACCUUUCUGCUGAGUGUACCAGUGCUGCCGAUGCUUUGAUCGUUCUACUACAUCUUCUCAUGAUGGAGACAGGCUACGUACCGCAGGGGACAGAAGCCAAGGCAGUAUCUAUGCCAGAGAAAUGGAGAGGGAAUGGUGUUUAUAAGCUACAAUACACGCAUCCCCUUUGUGAAGAAGGUUCUGCUGGUUUGACUUGUGUGCCUUUGGGAGAUCUUGUUGCUAUUAAUGCAACAUUAAAAAUCAACAAAGAGAUUAAGGGUGUGAAGAGAAUACAACUACUGCCUGCAUCCUUUGUUUGCUUUCAGGAGCCAGAAAAGGUUGCGGGUGUUUACAAAGACCUUCAGAAAUUAUCCCGUCUCUUUAAAGACCAACUGGUUUACUCUCUUCUGGCUGCUGCCCGGCAAGCUCUGAACUUGCCAGAUGUUUUUGGGUUAGUGGUCCUUCCUCUUGAGCUGAAGCUUCGGAUCUUUAGACUUCUGGAUGUCCGUUCGCUCAUCUCUCUUUCUGCUGUUUGCCGUGAUCUUUAUGCAGCUUCAAAUGAUCAGCUUCUGUGGAGGUUUAUGUACCUGCGAGAUUUCCGAGAUCCAAUUGCAAGGCCUCGUGACACAGACUGGAAAGAACUAUACAAGAAAAAGUUGAAACAGAAGAAGGAAGCCUUGAGAUGGAGGCACAUGAUGUUUCUGCCCCCUACACCUCAUCCAAUUCCCUUUCAUCCCAACCCAUUUUAUCCUAGCCCCUUUCCUCCCAACCCCUUCCCAUCAAACCCAAUCUACCCCCCCAUGAUCAUUGGUGGAGAAUAUGAUGAGAGACCAACACUUCCAUACGUUGGAGACCCAAUUAACUCGCUUAUUCCUGGUCCAGGGGAAGCACCAGGCCAGUUUCCUCCGUUCAGACCACAUUUUGACCCCAUUGGUUCCUUGCCUGGAGCAAACCCUACACUUCCGGGACGAGCUGGUCCCAAUGACAGGUUUCCACCUAGACCCAGCCGGGGCCGCCCCAUGGACAUUCGCCGUGCGUUCAUUUGAUUGCUGCUUUCUCCUUCAGUGAAUUCUCUAAUUCCUGAGCUUGCUUUCUAACUGCAGGAGGUUGCAAAAUCCAGGCACUAAAAUCUGCCUUCUCUUCAGAUUGUUGGAAGAACUUGUGUGCAUGAUACUGUUUUGACACCAAAGUGAGGGUUCGUUUAUGUUCUGGUAAUACUGCAGCACUUGGCACUAAGGUCUGUUUCAAGAAGAGCUAUGAGUUAGAACAAUUAAUGCUGUUCUCUGCCCUCCUCCUCCUCUUUAGUCAUCUGUGAAGUGCUGCUUAGAGACCAGAAGGAUACUGGCCAAGUGUUUGCUGCAUCAGAUAAAAAGCACUUUAAAUACAAAUCCUAUCUUUGUCUGUCUUAUUUGAAAAGUUUUAUUAACUUGCCAGGAAAAAAAUAUUUUGUUUAAAAUCUUACCUGGCUAAUAAUCUUUCUUAACAAAAAAAUCUACCAUGUUCCACGUAGAAUAGGAUACUAUCACUGUUAUGGUAGAUCUAAGUUCAUAGAUUUUUUUUCCAAAGAUGACUUUUUCUUUUUCCUUUUGUUUUUAUUAGGUAAAAAGUAUUUUUGUGUUGUUACAUAAUACACAAAGCAUACAGGGAAGGUGUGUUUUUUUUUUUUUUUUUAAUGGAUAUAUUAGAACACAAAUCAAUUCAUUCUGCAAACAACUGAGUAAACUCAUGCUACAGUGCAACUCAAAAAUCUGAACAGAAGCAGAGCAAUUUUACAAAGAACCAGCAGCAAAACUUUUGUCUUUUUUCUUGGUUGAACAGGUUGACUUUACAAAUAAGUAGCUGUAGUACAUGGCCGCAUUUACUGUGUGUGAACUAAAAUUGGUGCAAAAGUAAGUCUUUCCUCCUGCCUAACUACUUAAGGAAUUAAGCAGCUUGAUCUGGUUGCAGUGGAAAUGAGAUCGCAGCAGGAGAAGCAGUUAAUACUUACUUUACUGCAGUAAGUUCCAUUUAAUUCCAUAACUGCAGUAUUAAAUCUUGCUGGAAGGAAACAUUGUAGUAUGUUCUGAGCACCUUUCAAUUGUUGUCUCGUUAAUUAAUGAACAACUAACAAGGUCGCUGUUAAAGUCUUCUGAUGAGAUCUUCAGUCUGAUGCUGAAGCUCAAUUAAAGAAAGACUGGAAUAACUAAACUUUGCUAGAACUUUUUUCUUUUUUUUUUCCUUUUUAAGAUGGAUUGAUAUCUGUUUCUGAAGAUGUAAAUGGUACUGAUGACUGUUGUGACAGCUGAUACUAUUUUCUACAAUCCUUCUGGAAUUCAAAGAAGGGAAAUGGAUUACAUUUCCUAUUAAAUACAAGCUGUUUAAUCGGUAACAUUAUGUGCUUUUUCAGGUGGUAUUUCAGUGAUUCAUCUUGUUUUGUAUAAAAUCAGCUGACUUCAGUAUGGUCAGAAAGUUUUGUUAUUAACUCCCACGGGAGUAAAAUAUAAUACUUUAUUUUGCUCUCAAAA